GCCCUUCCUGCAAGUCUAGCUAUAGGCAGCGGGCAAACCAAGCCAAGCAGUUGAUCUCUCCCAAGGCGUGCACGCUGACGCGGUGAGCAAUGGCGGGUCGGGGAAGAGGCAGUGCAAGCGGCAGCAACGGCGCUCUGGUGGCCGCCGGCGCGGCGCUCCUGUGCGCGGCGGCGGUGCUCCUGGCGCCCGCCCCGGGCGCGGAGGCGGCGGGUGCGACGUACCUGGUGGGCGACGCUGCCGGGUGGACGCGCAACGUCGACUACGGCCAGUGGCUCGCCGGCAAGACCUUCCACGCCGGCGACAUGCUCGUGUUCAAGUACAACUCGACGUUCCACGACGUGGCGUGGGUGAGCAAGGGCGGGUACCGCCACUGCAUCGUGUCGCCCAAGGACCGCGCCCCCGUGUACCGCAGUGGCUACGACACCGUCCGGCUGCCUGCCGGCACGCACUACUUCAUCUGCGGCGUGCCGGACCACUGCCAAGCCGGCAUGAAGCUCGCCGUCAAGGUCUACUGACCGAGACCAACGACCAGGCGGCUCCGGGGCCGGCCGGGUGCUCUCCACCGACCACCGGCCUGUGACGUUGUUGGUAUGGUGGUCGCCGUCGUGUCGUUGCACGUUCGUGUGCAACGUUCUCUCUUUGUGUAGGUCGCGUGUUGUUGGAGUUGCGUGGGUUCAAUUGGCACGUACUCCAUGUAACAUGCCUGCGAUGAGUAAACCCUGAUGCCCUUAAUGUUAAUCAACAAGCCUGGAUCAUGGACGUACGUUAUCUCAAGGCUAAGUUAUCGAUGGUGGAGUCACGUGGAGAGCAAAAGAAAGAUGUCACACCGCAGCGUGUAUCGUGCCAGACGCCAUCCUUGGAAGUUGACUUUGAGCUCUACAAAUGGUCGAACAGAACUUUCCAAGUUCACAUGGAUUUUUUUUAACCUCCUAGUCUCUACAUACAGUCACAGUCCAUUCAGUACCCCGGAAGGCUUGCCCCCAGAGAUGGUCUCAUACGUUUUCUCCAAAAAAAUGUUUAUGCAAAGAUGAGUGAGCAAACUGAGCAUACUCACCUCAGUGUGCGUAUGGUCAACUUAGUUCAUUUGAGUUAGCUUCACAUCGGUCUAGUAAUAAAAAAAGGCGAUGCUAUCCUUCGGUUGCCUGAAAACGAGCUUGUUUUCAGGUAACCAAGGACGUCCGAUCAUUUCAGAUCGCACGUCGAUCUCCCGUUCAUCUUCUAA